AUGUCCGCCGCCCAGGCCGCAGAGGGCUCCUCCGCGAGCGCCUCCAAACCUCCAGUUGCCAUUGUCUGCGUAGGCAUGGCCGGUAGCGGAAAGACAACCUUCAUGCAACGCCUCGUGUCCCACCUCUACACUCACCCCGACCCAACCCAGAGCGAGCCGUCGGUGUCCAAGGUCGCUCCAACCCCACCGUACAUCAUCAACCUCGACCCCGCCGUCCACCAUGUGCCCUUUACGCCAAACAUCGAUAUCCGCGAUAGUGUCAACUACAAGGAAGUAAUGAAGCAAUUCAACCUUGGACCCAACGGCGGGAUCCUCACGAGCUUGAACCUGUUCAGCACCAAGAUCGACCAGGUCAUUGCGCUACUGGAGAAGCGGACACAGCCGCCGGCCCCCGUCCAGCAGCCCGAGCAGACAACCGUAGAGUUCAUGACCAACAGUGGAAAGGAGAAACAGCCUGCACCGGUACAGCAACAGCAAGUCAAGCACAUUCUGGUCGACACCCCAGGGCAGAUUGAAGUCUUUGUGUGGUCAGCAAGUGGGGAGAUUUUGCUAUCCAGUUUGGCCAGCACAUUCCCUACAGUCAUUGCCUACAUCAUCGACACACCACGCACAACGAGCACCAGCACCUUCAUGUCCAACAUGCUGUAUGCCUGCUCGAUUCUCUACAAGACAAAGCUCCCUAUGAUCCUCGUCUUCAACAAAACGGACGCGCAGGAUGCUCAAUUUGCCAAGGAGUGGAUGACUGAUUUCGAAGCCUUUCAAGCGGCGCUGCGCAAUGAAGAGGAAGGCGGUACGUUUGGCGGUGAAGGUGUGGGAGCUGGGAGCGGAUACAUGGGCAGCCUACUCAACAGCAUGUCCCUUGUACUCGAGGAAUUCUACAAGCAUCUCAGCGUCGUCGGUGUCAGCGCAAUGACAGGCGACGGCAUGGACGAAUUUUUCCGUGGUGUGAAUGAAAAGGCAGAAGAAUUCGAGCGCGACUACAAGCCCGAACUGGAGCGAAGAAGAGCGGAGCGGGAGCGGGAGAAGCAAGCGACCCGCCAACGGGAACUCGACAAAUUGAUGAAAGACAUGAAAGUCGGCGGUGCAGGCAACAAGCCCACAACCCGGUCACGAAAGGACGACCCAGAGACUGUCAGUGACGCAGAAGACACGGGUGAUGACCACCAGGAUGAGGAUCUAGACUAUGAAGACGAACUUGACUCGGACGAUCCCGAGCAAGGGCUCCAGCAGCGAUACAGGGAUACUAUCCGCGAUCACUCAACAAAAGCCCCAGACGAGGACAUGAGUUUUGCGCGCUACGUUCAGGCUGCCAAAUUCAACUGA